AUGUCAAGUUACAGCAACGGAGGAAUCCUCAACCCUGCCUAUCAUGCCAGCGAAACUCUGGAAAUUGAUAAGUCAUCUAGAAAACCACAGCACACCAAUCCGUAUGUAUCGGAACAACGUGACUGGUGGCAGUACAGGGAGGAAACGCAUGACUCUGGUCAGAGCAAUGAUGAUGCUGUAGUGAGAGUACCCUGGGGGGCUUGGCAGGAGCAGGCCUGGAGGGGAAGAGAAAGUAUUCCAAUGGAACUCCAGUCAAGACGGCCAGAAAGCUCUGUAUUCCAGCAUGAGUUCAAUUCAUUGCACGUGGAUCGUGACACUCAGUAUAAUCAAUUGCCGCCUCUCCGACUACCUACUACAUCAUCAGGCACAAUGACAAUGAGAUGGAGGGGCACUGGAUUAAUGAUGAACAUGUUAAAAAGCGAUGAUCCUCUAGCAUUCACAGAGGAGGCCAUCAAGAAUGAGAUGGAAAAUGAGGAGCAGGAUCUGAUCAAAGAACUUGUUGCAAUGUCAACAGGAGACCGAAUAAAGGCCAUAAGGGACCUUCCAAUGAGUUUUGAAGAGAAAAAACAUAUAAGGAGUAAAGUGCUGGCGUUUGAAUCUCAGUCUCAGCGCUUCACAUGUUUUGCAGACUGUUCGGCAAGAGCAUCACUAUUUCUUCGCAGGUGUGGCUACAGUAUCGUGUCAACUCGACAGACCUUGGCAUUUUGGCAAGGCAUCAUGAAAGGGAUUGGUGGCAAGUUCGGCACCAGCGUGCUUACCUAUUUUAUAAUUCUCAAGUGGUUGCUCAUGUUCAACGUAUUCUCCUUCCUGGUUAACUUUGGCUUCAUCACCAUCCCACUCCUGAUUUAUGAUAUUUCCCCCAAUUUACCACCAAAUACGACUUUCAGAGGACUGGAGCUACUCACCGGAGCUGGUUACUUCAACUACACUGUCAUGUACUACAGUGGUUACAGCAAUGAAACCUUCGUAGGUCUGGUGGAAUACAAUAUGCAGCUAGCCUACUUUUUUACGAUUGCCAUUUAUAUGGUGUUGUGCGGCAUUGCAUUAAUCGCAAGCAUGGCAAACUCCUUCAGGACAAAUUACAUGCUUGUGGAUCAAGUUUCUAACAGUGCAUGGAAGCUUUUGUGCAGCUGGGAUUUUAGCAUCAUCAAUGAGAGAGCAGUGAGACGGCGCAAGAACAACCUCAGAGUACAACUUAAGGAGUCAAUGUCAGAGAAGGCCCAAAAAGAUCUGCCCACUGUCACUGAAAAACUCAAGAGCAUUGGGAUUCAUCUGGGCUCGUGGCUACUGUCCACUGGCCUGGCUGUUGGCUGUGCCGCCAGCAUCUAUUUUCUCUGCAAAUAUGAACAGCGGAACACAACAGAUGCUUCAAACUGGUCACUGCGUCAGGAGGCAGAGACUCUCUUGGUUCCCUUUAUGGUCUCCUUGAUGAACCUGGUGGUCCCACUCUUCUAUUCUCUCUUCAAUAAAUUUGAGCAAUAUUCUAAUCAGCGGAGCCAGAUCUACACUCUGUUGCUCAGGAAUGUUUUACUCAAGAUGUUUAUUCUGGGUGUUUUAUGCUACUACUGGAUGAAUGUGGUGGCUCAGAGAUUUUUGUGUUGGGAGGCCAUGGUUGGACAGGCAUUGUACCGUUUGGUCAUUUUUGACUUUUUCUUUCUCAUGUUGGGAUCCUUCUUUGGAGAGUUUCUCAGCAAUUUGGUCGGAACAAAAUUCCUCCCACGUCUUGGAGUUCCAGAGUUUGAUGUUGCCCGAAAUGUCCUUGAACUCAUCUAUGCACAGACUUUAGUCUGGAUUGGGAUCUACUUCUCACCACUAUUGCCUGCCAUUCAGAUAGUAAAGUUGUUUGUCUUAUUUUUCAUAAAAAAGGUCAGCCUGACUCACAACUGCCAGCCUCCAAGGAGGACAGGCAGAGCUGCUCAGAUGCAAGCCAUCUUCAUCGCCCUCCUCUUCUUCCCCUUUUUUGUGGGAGCACUGUCAACAUUUGCAUACACUGCCUGGCAACUUACACCCUCUGAGCAUUGUGGCCCUUUUCGGGGCCUAAACAACACCUUUAGUAUUGUUGGAAUCUGGAUUGACAAUAUGGAAGACAUCCCCGGUUCUCAAGUGGCCAUCUGGAUCUAUGAAAACGUCAUUAAAAGUGAAAUCGUUUACUUCCUCGCAACACUCAUAAUCUUAAUCAUCAUAUAUAUCUUCUGGCAAGUCUCUCAGGGCCGCAAGCAGCUUAUUGGUCGUCUCAGACAGCAAAUUCUCAAUGAAGGGAAAGACAAGUCUUUCUUGCUGGAGAAACUACAGAACCUGCAGAAAUCUUAUUCUAAUAAGAUGCACAAACAGAAAAAUAAAAAGAAGCACGCCAAACGGCGUUUGGAUGACACUUCAACAGGAGCUCAUUCCUAUCAGAACACAACUGUUCAGUCUUUGAUUAGUCACCAACAACUUGAGCUAGAGGAAAGACACUUCCCCAGUGGAAUACAGCUUCCUCCGGAUAUCUUCACUUCUGAGGCGGUUUCCAGGAUGAACCAUCAGAGAGCUGAGGAGCAAGUAGACGAAAUGUACCGAAUACGCCAGUCAUCCUUCAGGCAAGGGAUCCCCUCCAGGCAUGAUGACAGAGAAAAUGAAAGAGAUGAAUACCGCAGUUCAGCAGAAUUUCCAGAAAACCUUCAUGAUAAUUCCAUGGCUGUGAUUCAGGCAAUGGAAGCAAGAAAGAAACAAGAUUAUGUACCACAAGAAAGAGAUGGCUUUCCAUCUUCAUUAUCAAAUGCCAUGAUACAGGUGAUGCAGGCGAGGCAAAGAGCAGAACAAGAUGAGGGUCUUCAUUGGAGCCGUACUUUCCCUCAACAUCCGCCUACUAGUUCCAGCCCUCUCAUACAAGCUAUGUUAGCCCGACAACAAGCCCAGAAUGAGUAUGAUGACGGCUACUAA